GAAUUCUCACUUUCUGUUUAUCUAUGAAAUAAGUUUCUUUUCAUUUCCCACGUGAAGAUACGUCAAAAAUUAUAACAAACGCAUAUUGGAUUUCCAUAAUGCCGCUAUCGUGUCGAUUUUAUAAAGAAAAAUAUCCCGAAGUGGAAGAUGUAGUAAUGGUAAACGUAAGAGCCAUCGCUGAGAUGGGAGCUUACGUUCAUCUACUAGAAUACAACAACAUAGAAGGGAUGAUUUUGCUUUCAGAGCUGUCCAGAAGACGUAUCAGGUCUAUUAAUAAACUUAUUCGUGUAGGUAAAACGGAACCUGUAGUAGUAAUAAGAGUAGACAAAGAAAAAGGUUACAUAGAUCUUUCCAAACGACGUGUUAGUGUUGAAGAUGUUGAAAAAUGUACAGAGAGAUUUGCAAAAGCGAAAGCUGUUAAUUCUAUAUUAAGACAUGUCGCCGAAUUACUAAGAUACGAAUCUGAUGAACAAUUAGAGGAAUUGUAUCAGAAGACUGCGUGGUAUUUUGAGGAAAAAUACAAGAAGAAUAAAGCUAGUGCAUAUGACUUUUUCAAACAAGCAGUACUUGAUCCAAGUAUAUUGGCAGAGUGCGAAUUAGAUGAUAAAACAAAGGAUGUUUUAUUGAAUAACAUUAAGAGGAAACUAACAUCUCAAGCUGUAAAAAUUAGGGCAGACAUUGAAUGCGCAUGCUACGGUUAUGAAGGGAUUGAUGCAGUUAAAGCUGCUCUGAAAUCUGGAUUAGCUUUAUCUACUGAUGAAUUGCCCAUCAAGAUCAAUCUAAUAGCUCCACCAUUAUAUGUAAUGACUACAUCAACGCCAGAAAAACAAGAUGGUUUAAAAAUUUUGAAUGAUGCUAUUGAAAAAGUUAAAGCGACUAUUACAGAUCUGGGAGGUGUUUUCAAGGUACAAAUGGCUCCGAAAGUAGUGACUGCUACAGAUGAAGCAGAGCUUGUUAAGCAGAUGGAAAGAGCCGAACUUGAAAAUGCCGAAGUUGCCGGCGACGAUGAUGAAGAACAAGAUGAGGGUCAAAUUUAUAGCGAAGAUGAAAAAGACAAUUCUGGGGAAGAAAAUGAGGAAGAAUAAAUUGUCUAUUCUUUCUUCUAUUAUAUUUAAUUAUUACUAAGAUUUAUUGUAUAAUCAACUAAAUAAUUGAAACUUUCAACAAGUCAGUACUGUUUUAUAUUUUGAUUUUAUAAAUAUAAACAAAAUAUUAUUUAA